GGUUACCAUUGCGCUAACAAAUGAAUUUAAACAUGGCCGCUGAUUGUAAACAUUCCUGUCUCAUUCCUGUCGUUAAACAACGAUCGUUGACGUUGGUUAUUCCUCUUUGUAACUGAUUGCGUUUCAGUUGUCUUAUUUUGAUUGAUACCUCUGCGGACGUAUGGAUCGUCGUUUCUGUUGAGGGUAAAUGAUGGAUACCAAAGGAAAAGUGAAGAAGAAAUCAAGAAGGCUGCCCAAGACUGAAGAUGAUGAUGAAAGACCUCUGUCUCCUCAGUCUGAUCAGAAUGCAACAAAUGAAACCAGCUUUGACAAGCUUUUGCAGGCAGCCAUGCAGCAGACGACAGAUGAGAAAAGAAAGUCAGGAAAGAAGAAAGGGAAGAAAGGCAAAUCCCAGACAACAGAUUCUGUGUUGGAGUCGUUGAAGCAAGGUGCCGAUCUCCGCAAGGACACCGACCCAUCUGAAGAUCCCUCCAUCUUGGCCAACACCUACGACGGAAGCGACAGUCCCCGCUUCCACAAGAACCUGACCAAUGAGAAGGGACGGAAGCCCCCGCCCAAAAAGGGGGUGGAGAACAAAGGAUUCGUGGACGAUGAGGAAAAAGACACCCAGGCUGAGAGCCCUAAGAAGUUGAAAAAGAAGAAGAAAAAGGCUGAGUCAAGUGACAUUAUGGACAGUGGCCCUUUAACAAUGCAAGAACUGGAGGACACACCCAAAAAAGUACGCAGGAAAAAGAAGUCGGUAACCCAGCAGGAGGAGGACAAAGAGAAUGAGGAAGCUGUGUGGAGUCCAACAGAAGAUGAUGAGGCGGAUAGCGGGGAACCGGUGAAGGAGAUCACUGAGGAAGGAAACGAGGAAAACACGAAAGUUGCCAGAAAGAAGAAGAAGAAAAAGAAGACAGCAUCUGAAGACGACAAACCCGACACCAACGAAAAUGAAGAAGCUGAAGGCAGCAAAAGCACGAAGAAGAAGAAACGCAAGAAACAACCCAAGGACGACGGCCGAGUGUUUGGAGUGACCGUCCACCGUAGUGAUCGGCUCAAGACUGACCUUUACAUCGCCCACCCGCUGGUCAGGGUGCACAUCAUUGAUAUGGACACCGGGGCUUACUUCAAGAAAUCAAAACUUGAUCGUGCUGUGACGUCAUACUAUGAGAACCAAAACGACAAAGUGGACUACAUCUUGCCAGUACUUACCCAACCCUACGACUUCAAGAAAAGAAAGUCUAUAAUACCUUGCUGGGAUGAACAACUCAUCUUCAACGAGAGUUAUAACUACCUCAUCCAGUCUGAAGAAACGGCACCUAAGGCUAUCAUCUUUUUUGAGAUCCUUGAUUUUGUCAGCAUGAACGUCGCCGCUACCAAAACCAAGAUGUUGAAAGGAGAUGGAGGAUGGCACAGGAUAGCCUGGGCGUUUCUCAAGGUUGUUGGUGCCAACAGUGUUCCAAACACUGACAAGAAAGUUCGCCUUCAGCUGUUCCACCCUCCAUUCAGCUUCAAGGCAAAACCAGGACAACUUGAUGUGUACCAGUGGUGGCUGAACAUUAGUCGGCAGCCCUACCCCUCUACCUUGUAUGCAACAGUUAAAGCAGUCAAGACACCAGACAAGGUUGAGCCCGCAGUCAGGUCCCUCUUUGCCACACAGAAAGAGCAAGGAAAGAUGACGUACAGUGAACUGAAGAAAUCCAUCAACUGGGGAACUAAAUUAAAUAAAGACACGAAAGCCCCCACCAACUGGACACGCCUUCCUGGUCAGAUGUGUCGCAUCCCAAACAAACUCAGUCUGACUUUGGCCGGAGACAAGAAAGGAUGCUUUGUGCUGAAGUUUUCACCCAGUGGGAGGUUUUUGGCCUGUGGAUGCAAAGACAGAGAAGGCUACCCAAUACUGGUCUUUGAGAUCCCCUCCGGACGAUUCAAGUGCCAGUUUCCCGGCCACUACAGCUUAAUCUACGACAUCUGUUGGGCAGCCAACGACAUUCAGAUCUUGACGGCGUCGUCAGACGGCACAGCACGUAUCUGGAACCUCGAGACUCCCGACAGUGCUGCUGAGAAGGUCUUUCCUCAUCCAGCGUUUGUCUAUACGGCCAAGUUCCAUCCCCAGGCUGAUCAUCUGGUGGUCAGCGGUGGAUAUGAUCAUGUGGUUAGAGUCUGGAACUUGAAGAACGACUCGCAGACUGGAGAGCUGCUUCAAGAGUUGGAGGGACACAAAGGCUUCGUCAACUGCCUCUGUUUCUCGCGGGACGGCAAGACCAUGUUCUCGGGCGACAGCGUCGGAGUCAUCAUCAAGUGGAAUGCAGCUGUUAUGGCCAAAGCUGCAACCUCAGGUUCUCCGGACAGGUGGUCAGUAGAGAAAGUCAUCAAUGAGAAGGAGCUGGAAGGAGUCACCAUCAACAGUCUUGAGGUCCACCCAAGCGGCCGUCGACUGCUCAUCCAUGGACGAGACAACAACCUACGCAUGAUGGACCUAAGAUUGUUCACCGUCAUGCAGCGAUAUCUUGGUGCUUUGAAUUUCCGUGAGCAUGUCCGGAGCACGAUGACUGAAUGUGGAUCGUUUGUCAUCUCAGGGAGUGAGGACCGACAGGCUUAUGUCUGGAACACAGACACAGGAGACCAAAUCGCUGUGUACUCCAGCCUAGGUUACAAGUACCCAGUAAUGGCCGUCACGUACCAUCCCUGUGAACACAUGGUAGCAUUCUGUUCCAGGGGGGAGGGACAUCCGGUCCUGGUCUACAUUUAUGAUGCCAAAGUUGCCCGGUUGGACUUGGGUCUUAAGUCAGCCUCUGGUGACAAAGAGCAGACGGAAGUAGGGCCCGGUGUUGCUAAGGCGGAGGACGCCCUCGUGAGUCUGUUUGAGGCCAAGCGAGACCUCAAGGAUGAGUUGGAUACGACGAAGACGCUGCGAAUGGAGCGAGUCAAAGCCAAACUUGCCACCGUCAUGGCUUUCAAGAAACAGGCGAAGGCCAAUCAAGAGAGCUCCCAGGAACAGCAGUUGCAGCAAAGCAUGAUGGGUAAUUCCUUUGUGUACCCACCCGGGGGUGCCACCCCUAUGCAGCCAACACUGAGCACCUGGGGUUCCGACUUUGAUACCACCAUGUUUAAACCACAGCUGACUAUGUCAUAUCAGAAUCGACCAAUGGGCCCACAGAUGCCCACUCCGACCCCGGCCCAGCUAGAAUCGCCCGGUGUGAGUUCAUUUCUUGCGAAUCAGUCAUCGCGUGCAGUUCGUAGUCUAGGCAUGAGUAUGGGCGGGACAGGCUGGACUCCCCCGAGAGCUUAUUUCCCACGAGCGUCCACGCCCAGUAUUGCAUUGCAGGCAACGAAGGGAGGCACAGCUACUUUCACCUUCAAUUCCCCCUCCUCGCAGAAGAAUCGGGCGAACCUACGACGCGUGGUGGCGCUCUACGACUACACCGCGCAACGCUCGGAUGAGCUGAGCCUGCGACAGGGAGACUGGAUCUCCGUGCUUCACGAGGACAAUGAGAAUUGGUGGAUGGGACAGCUGGAUAACGGACAACAGGGCUACUUCCCUGCUAACUAUGUGACGGAUGAGUAUCUUCAGGAGGAACCUUUAGUCCAGGAAGAAGCAGCGGAGUACCUUGGUGAAAUCCCUGGCAGCACAGGAGCGGAGGAGACUGAUUCAGCUAGUACUACCCCACGCAGAAGGGGCAAAGGAAAGGCCAAAAAGGGCGGGACUAAAAUGACGGCUGUCGUCUCUAAAAGCGGCGAGCUGAAGAUUUUGUCGGCUGCAGAGGACAGUGACAUAGACAUCACACCAGCCACCAGCCAAAGAAGACGGAAAAAGAAAACUCUUUCCCGUGAACUGGCUGUAGAUCUUAGCCAGAAUGGAAAUGACAUAUCAGAUGCGGACAAGACACCCCGCAGGCAGCGAACCAGGACGAGGUCACAAAGUGCUCAGAGACGUCUUACGUCUUCCUUUGACGCUGUGGAUGUUGGCAUCCCGCCAAGACCUCAGAAGAAACGCUCCAAGACGGUAGAUGAAACAGCGUUAUCAAACGAGGACAUAGCUGGGAGUUUGAGGACCCCGCGGCUCAGCAAAACGAUGUCGCAGGAGGACAUUCUGGCUGGAUCCGAGGACAUAAAACCGAGGACGCCUCGUAAGAAACGCUCCAAGACUGCAGACAACACCGUGUUAUCAAAUGAGGACAUCUCGAGCAGUUCAAGGACAAAGCCUCGGUUGGCCAAGACGAUAUCAAAAGAGCAGCUUCUGAGCGGGUCUGAGGACGUUGAGCCGAGGACGCCAAAACCUCGCAAAAAGCGUUCAAAGACGGCAGAGGAUGCUGCUAUGACCAACGGUGACCUUGGUGGGAGUUCUAGGACUAGGACACCACAACGGACUAAGACCACAUCAAGAGAUGGGUCCGUGGAGGAGUUAGAACCUAGGACACCGAGCGAGAAGAAAGGUGGCAAGAGGAAACAGAAGACGAACCAUACCGAGAGAACAGUCUAGAAUGCUUCCAAAUUGACUUGCGUUUUUGGUGCAUGCUCAUAGAACAACCCUCACCACUUCUUGUCCUGUACCUGAGAUAUCCUGAGUUAUGUAUACUUUAAAGUAUGUGGUAUCUGAAGGUUAACCUAUUAGCACUUGUAUUACAUUGUGUUACAUUGUAUUACAUUGUAUGGCAUUGUAUUACAUUGUAUUACAUUGUAUUCCAUUGUACUUUGUAUUCAUUACUUUCCCUCAAAUCAAACAGUCUGUGCUGGGUCAGUUUGAAGCAGUACAGGAACUGGGUUAAACUGUGUGAAUUUCUGAAAUGCUGAGAGAAAGGAGUUGUAAAUUGUUUGUGAAUAAACUGUACAAAGUUUUUCUUGAAGAAGGAAGUGUAAAUUGUAUUUAUCGUUUGUUGAUAGCUAGACACCAUUGUAUUUGCUGUGUCAAAUCCUUUAACCCAACCUCACCUAAAGCUACAAAAUACUACUGAGGAGUAACGUGUAGUAUGUAUUUAUUUCCAUACAAGUGUGCACAACACAUGUAGUAUUCUGUGGCAUUUGGUCCUUGACCCCCAAAGACGUUAGGGUUAAUGUUGUCUAAUGACUUCUCAGCCUAAAUGGAGCCUGCAAAAUAUGUUUAACAGCAAGUUGGCCUUCUACGAAUGCAUAAAAGCUCUGUACAAUUGUGCUUAAUAAAAAAUUCAAAUAACAUUUCAGACAAGGAUCAACAGAACAUUUUGUGUGUUUUCAGUCUAACAUUUUAUUAUACAUGUACAUGUAUAAACAAUGAACAAAUCUGUAUAUAAAUGUUUUGUUGAAAUGCCCACUGCAGUGUGCUAUUAAAAAUUGCAUGCAGUACUUUUUUAACGACAAUAUCCGUCCGCUUCAAACAGGGUUGGAAUUUUAUGAAAUUGUAGAAAUUUUUCAAAGUCUGUUAUAAUAUUGCCCACUGUUUUAUGCACCUUGACUGUUGUACAUGUACUUUUUAAAAUUGUGUUACUCAAGCUCAAAAUUGCUAGGCUAGUGAGUGUAUUUUCUAUUUUGGCAAAAUAAUUUACACUUGUAACUUUUUUUUCCACAAGUGAAAGUUCCAGCUGUUGGUAAAUUCCACAUCUGAAUUCAAAUGACAACUCUUUCUUGAGCAAGCAAUUUUAUUGAUCCAAAUUAUCAUAACUUGUUAUUCUGUUGGUGCAUUGAGGAUCCAUUUAGGUUUUUCUCCAGAAUUUGCCAAAAUCAUUCUGAGUGCUUUGUUUCUUGCGUAGUACACGCAGAACAGGCUUUCUAUUUCAUUCGACGAAUAAUUAGAACCGUUGUCAUGCACUUAUUUAAUACACAAAUUAUUUCAAAAAGUUCUCACAAGAUAUUUGUUCAUGACAGAAGCCAGUUAUAAUGAAGUAUUUGAUGUUUUUUUCCCGCUGGUUCAAACCCACCAUUUUCGGUGAAUUUCCCUAUAAAUUUACCAAUAGAAUUCAAAUUCCUUUUAUACUUGAACAAAAUUAAAUGUGUGAUUAAAAAUUAUGGAAUUGUAUUUAUUGCAGGGCAAUUGGACAAGUACUUAUGCACUGUACUUCAUUAUGAAACCUUGUUGAAUUUGGAUGAAUUUUGUAUUCUGAUAACAAAUAACCACAUUAAAUCUUUUCAGUUUUAUUCUA